ACAUUAUUACAUUGAAUAGUAUCUAAAUGUGAUCUAAAAAAACUAAAUAAUCGAUUUCAAUUAAUUAUAAUGUGAAAACAAAUGCUCCACCUGGUACAGAUCCAUAGCAAUGGAGACAUUCGUACGUGUACAUUAUCUAAAAAAAAAAUAAUUUGUUUACGUUUCCAGAUAAGCUGCUGACGCCAACCUUUUUGUACUAUUUCUUUGUACGAGCUUGGUACUCUGACAGCUCUUACGCCAUCUAUCGUUCAGAUGGAAUCACACUAGACACCCGUCCUCCUGAUGUAACGUCAAGAACUGGGAUAGCUGUGAAAGAGCACAUAAACGAAAGUUCCACCAUCGACACUGACUUCUUAACUGAAACUGACCAUGUAAGCAUCUCUUGGUGGUACGUAUUUCGCGAUGAGUCAGGAGGCUUAAGUCACUUUGAAGUAUCCCUCAGUACCUUUCCAGGAGGCGAAGAUAUAGAGAGUUUUCAGGUUUUACCAGGAAACGUAGAACAACACACAUUCCUGAAUCUAGAUCUGAAGAAUGGGCAGCGCUACUAUAGCAAUGUCAGAGCCUACAACCAUGCUGGUCUUCACACGUUAGUAGUGUCUGAUGGGUUCAUUGUGGAUCUUCAGCUUCCUGUUGCUGGAAUGGUUCUUGAUGGCAACGAUCUCCAUGACAUUAAAUACCAGUCAUCACCUGCGGUUGUAAAAACAUCGUGGCUUGGAUUUGUAGAUUUUGAGUCAUUCACGAGCUACUUUGAAUCUUGUAUCGGCGAGACCGAUGACCCAGAGGAGUGCAGAGUUAAGGAAUGGCAAAGAGUUAAGAUUGGUAACUCUGUUACGUCAUAUAUUUCCAGAAAUCUAACUACUGGAUUAAGGUAUUUUGCAAAAGUUCGAAGUUACGACGCAGCCGGCCAUGUAUCGCCAGUUUCUGUUUCCGAUGGAUUUAUCGUCGAUACCACACCACCAGAACCAUUAGAACGUGUUUAUUAUGGCGAAAAUAUCAUACAGAAUCCUUCUUUUGAGGAGAGUCCACAUAGUAUUCCGUGGUCAGGACAACUAGAGGACAGUCCACAAUGGAUAGUUUCCAAGGAGCUAUUACCUAAUGGAUGGAGUUUAAUUAAUAACUCUAGCUUAGUUGUUUAUACGGCAGAGCAUUCGCAUGUUCAGGAUGGUACAUAUUUUAUCCUGCUUCAAGGUGGACUUACACAGAAUAUAAUCAUGAUUUCAUCGUAUUCGUACAAUGAUGAUAACAAGAACUCGGCAACAGUGACUGCAGAUGGUGCAAUACAUUUUCAAACUCAGUUUAUACACGACUGGUCAUCGAUACACGCUAUAUGGCACUUUGUCGACCCAGAAAGCCCCAUUGUGGACUACACAUGGGCAAUAGGUACUGUUCCAGGCGGGACUCAGGUGCAAGGAUUCAAAUCGGUUGGGACAAAAAGAGAAGGAUUAAAUACGGAGGUCAUACUCCAAAACGGUGUCCAAGUAUACGUGACUGUAGUCAGUACCAACGCAGCUGGUCUAGCUACUCGAGUUAUAAGUGCGCCCCUUACGAUAGACUUGACAGAACCAGUUGUGGACUUUGUCCAUGAUGGUGCAGAUGAGGAUGAUAUUGAUUACCAAACUGAUCAAAAUUUGGUGGUCACGUGGUCUGCAUUUGAUGCACAAAGUGGCAUUUACUUGUGUGAAUGGGCAAUAGGUUUUAAUCCAUUAACUGAUGAUAUCCAGGAAUUCAGGCCAAUUAAUUGUGAUGACGGUUUCGGAAUCGCCACAGUAAAUGACACGCUAUACGAGAAUGUACGAUUAUUCUCAACCAUUCGAGUCCACAACAAUGCUGGUAUGAGCACCACUUAUAAUUCCGAUGGCAUUGUCAUAGUGACUCGUCCACCAAUAACAGAUAAUGCAAACGUUAAAGUGUUGAUAACGUCACAAUCUUCUUAUACGCCCCGUGGAUAUUACCAAUCAGAUACAAGAAACUUAGCCAUUGCUUGGAAUGGCUUUUAUGAUCCUGUGAAAAUCACUCGCUAUGAAUGUUGCGUUGGAACUAACAAUUUGGUAUGCACUGGUCGCUGGAUCGCCUGUGGUCUGUCAGACGACACACAGACAAGGAUCUAUGACAUCUCAUUGGCACCCCAUACUAUACACUAUGUGUUUGUUCGUGCUGUGAACCUAGUGAACAUGACUAGUGAUAGUGUUGUCACAGAGUUCAUUACAGAGACAUUAGCUCCAGUUGUUGUUGAUGACAUAGAAAUUACAUGGCCUCAUGAUGAAACAGUAAAGUUGGAUUGGGAAGGAACAUUCCAGGCCAAUUCAUCUUUAAUGUACGAGCUCACUGUUGGAACACAAGCGGGUGCAUCUGACAUUGUUCAGUGGCUAGAGACGUCAGAGGUGGCAGUAGUACUGAACAACAUGAAAGAGUUAGUAGAUUACUUUGUGGCACUAACAGCAGUUAACUGCGCAGGCCUGCACACAACUGUCAACGCCACCUUCUAUCAGAAACCAUAGAUACUGAUAAUUAUAUUCUAGAUCAAUAUAAUAACAUUUCUAUUAGAAUUUCAUUGUUUUAUCAUGACUAAACUCAGUUUCAACCAUAAUAGACAUGAAGUUUACUUUAUUAUUAUGCCUAUAAAAACAUAAUAUUAAAAUCUGAAUUUCAAAUAUAACAUUUAGAAAGCCUGGCUAAAGUCGUUACAUUUAAUUAAUAAUGUUUUUUUUUUCUAUUUUAACUUUUAAUGUAUAUUACAUAUUGAUUUUUUCCUAAAUUUAUAUUUUAAAAAUUCUGUACAGCGCCAGUGAUCAUUUCAAUUGGAUAGUGUUUGCGCUAUAUUGAAUAAAGUUAUUAUUAUUAUUAUUAUUAUUAUUAUUAUUAUUAUUUGUUAGAUGUUUAAACAUUAUUAUCAGAUUGCCAGUUCUUUACAUGUAGUUUAUAGAGACCUAAGGUCAUGUUUGUCAUAAGAAAUCAUGUAAUAAUUUUAGAUAAAAGAACAUUAAAAUUGAAUACAGUACGUUAA